UCGCCUGUCUUUCUUACACUCUCGCUCUCUCCCCUCUCUCUCUCUCUCAAAGUCCUGAUACAUUCCGCCAGUCUUCCACAGAACACACACACACACUCACACGCACACACACACAGUCUCUCUCUCUCUCUCUGUCUUAGUACAUUUCCCAUUCUUCAUUCCAUCAACUGCCUUUCACACAGGAUACAAAGUCUCAGUCUUUCUGUGUGUGUCUCUCUCUCCUCUGAAUUUUUCUACCAUUAUGGAUGUUCAAGAUCACAAAAAAACCCCUUCAUCAGCAGGAGGGCAUGAGGGGCAUGGGGUUCAUGUGUGCCACAAGUGUGGUUGGCCUUUCCCAAAUCCACAUCCCAGUGCCAAACAUAGGAGAGCCCACAAAAGGGUUUGUGGAAAAGUUGAAGGUUAUAAAUUAGUUGACUCAGAAACUGACCAUAUAUCUGAUGAUGACCAUCUUUCUGAUGACGAUAUUGUGAAAACCCCAAGUCCCAAGAUGGAGAAAGGAAGUGUGAAGGAGGUUGGGAGUGGUGCAGGUAUUGGUCUGAAGUCAAGUAAAUCAGAAGAUGAUGUGUUUUCAGAUGCAGUCACGGAAUUUUCGGAUAGUGGGAUUAGUCCAAGCAUAGAAGAGCGCCUGGAGAGUGUUAGAGAAGUUGAUAACACUGUGGGAGCAGAACUGGUGCAUGAGCUAAAUGAUAGCCAAAAAUCUGAGGAUUGUCGAGCUGAUGGUAAGCAGUUAAUUAGACUGGUACCUUGUUUUCUCUUUUUUUGUUUCUCUUGUUUGAACUGUAUCUGCUUUCUUGCAUGAGUACCUGAUGCAUUU